CGUUGUGCAUCAACGCAGUGACUGCCGUUAUAACAGUCGACUUGCCGGUUUAGAGCAGACCCGCGGUCGUAAUUCCGACGACUGCGGUAUUUGAGUCUUAUUUGCUGAUGUGUUCUCAGAUGCUGAGCGUCGCCCUGCUGUAUGUGUGCGCGGUCGCCUUUGGACAGGUCUCCGCACGCUCCAGCAAUGGCAAUUUUUUGGACGAUAAGUGGCCCGCGGGGAGAUGGGAUAAAUUUCGAGACGAGCCAGGAACAUGGACUCCAUCGAAACCGUUUGACCAAGACCUAGAUCCAGCCAAAGACCCUUGUCUGAAGAUCAAAUGCAGUCGCCACAAGGUGUGUGUAUCUGAGGAUUACAAGACUGCUACCUGUGUCAGCCAGAGGAGUGUAAGCUUUAAAGAUGCCAGUCUGCACCAGAGUCCAGGCUCAAAAUGCACACCCUGCCCAGUAGUUCACCCCUCCCCUGUGUGUGGAACUGACGGACACAGCUACUCCACCAAGUGUAAGCUAGAGUACCAGGCAUGCAUAACUGGUAAGAAGAUUGCUGUCAAGUGCCCCGGCAUGUGUCCUUGCCCUUCUCAGCCUGAAAAGAGUGAUGCACAAAAGAAAGUGUGCAAUGAGGCAGACCUGAAGGAGGUGGUGAGUCGUUUGAGAGAUUGGUUCAGAGUGCUUCACGAGAAUGGCAACCACAAGAGAGUAAAAAUCCCAAAACCAGAGAGGAACAAGUUUGAUGUCGGAGCAGCACCCAUCUGCAAGGACCCACUUGGCUGGAUGUUCUCCCGCCUGGAUACAAACUUUGACAUGCAGUUGGAUCAGUCCGAGAUCAAGAGCCUUUACCUGGACAGGAAUGAACCAUGCUCCAACACUUUCUUCACAUCCUGUGACACACGUGUCGACAAAGUUAUCACAAGCUCUGAGUGGUGCACCUGCUUCCAGAGGCACACUGAUUCCCCUUGCAAAGCAGAGCUGUCCAACAUCAACAAAAAGCAGGCAGGGAAGAAACUACUUGGACAGUAUCUACCAUCCUGUGAUGAGGAGGGUUACUACAGGUCCCACCAGUGCCACAGCAGCAGUGGCCAGUGUUGGUGUGUGGAUCGCUAUGGCAACGAGGUGGCGGGCUCACGCUCCCACGGCCCUGCAGACUGUGGUGUAGUUUUGGAAUCCUCAGGCGACCUUGGGAGUGGAGACACUCUGUUCUCAGAUAAUGGUGAUGAUGAUGAUAAUGAUGAUGAUGAUGAUGAUGAAGAUGCCUUUGUUCUGAAAGACCAGGCUGGGAUGGGUGAUGAUGAGGAUGAAGAUGAGGAUAAUGAGGAUGAUGAUGAUGACAACGAUGAAUAUCUGUCAUAAUGUAAAAGAAAAAAACAAAACAAAAAACAUCAAAGAAAUGAAAACUCUUCAUUUGGUCAAACUGCACGUUUCAAGGUGACUCCCCAGGCAGAUACUUAAUUGUUCUAACAGCCUAUGGACUUCUUCUCUCUGUGUAUCGUUUGUUCAUACGUAAAUACUGAUAUUCCUGGUUAACGUUUAGGAUUUUUCCUUCUUGUCUAAUGAAAUCAGCUGCCAUUCACGUAUGAAUAGUGAAUGGUGUUGUUCACCCCUGUGACAGCCAAUCAAUCUGUGAAUAUGGCAAGGACAAUUGCAGCAAUGACAGCCAGUCCAGUGCUUUUGAUAUGGCCAUAUGUGCAACGACCUCUUCCUUCCCUGGACUGUCAAUGUUUUCUUGCGUGUCUGUCCCUGUGCUGCACCCUUAAUGCCUGAGCGUGCUGAUGCCUGAGGCACAAUGUUUAAGAGAUUCCUCCUCUCCUUCUCUCCCUCUCUACCUUUUUAUUCCUUGUCUGAUGUUUGUGUGUCCAGGUGGGAUGUUGAUCUAGAUAAGAGAAUACUGCUGCACUGUUUAGGUUUCUUUUGAUCCUUAUUUGCAAUCUAUAACUGUGAAAAGUGCGAUAAGAGAUAUGCUUCAUUAGAAAAAAAAUAAUGCAAAAACACAGUGCAAGUUAGAUAACAAUCAGAACCUUGACAUGGCUAGAUGUUUUCAAAAAACACAGGAAAAAAAACAAGACUUAUCAAUUCAAAGGCCUUGCAGCAGGAAAAGACUGGGGAGGGGGGAGAAAAAGGAUGUGGCGUUGGGGGGUGUGUGUGAAAUUUUCUUCUGCUGCUUUGCUAACUUAUGAAGUAGAUGGAACUGAUUUGGGGGCAGCUUGUCCAAUACAGCUUGUUGUUUCACAUGGUAGAUGAAGAAGAUAAGCCUCAUGAAGCUAAAAGUACAAGGGAGUUUGGGGCUGAAAUACACUUUCACGCAUGAACAGAUGAAACUACACCGACUGCGUUACUGACUCCUCUAACCAGACUUCUGAAAAUGUGAAAUGAAGCUGUAUUCUGACCUGUUAUCCAUCAGCACCGUCAAAGAUUACCUUAUUAUAGUUUAGCGUGUUAAAUGUUCAGCCAUCAGUGGAGCAUACAGAGUUUGACUGGAAUCAUAAUGUGACUUUUGUGCACAAAAUGAUCCAGUGAAACACACUCAUGUAAACUCAGACUUGUGCACUGCAGACCUGUUGAUGGGUAUCUGACAGGGUGUAUGGUGUAAGGUGUGCCUUUCAUUGAUAAGGACUGAUAGUGAAGGAUGAGCGCCACAUUGGUAUAGACCUGACUGACCUAAGCCUAGUGUCACACUGCAAAAGUGUUUGUUGAAGUGUUUUUGUUUUUUUGUUUUGUUUUUUUAUGUCCCCCUUGUCUGUUUCCAUCUCCAUUUCUAUUCAUGCCCCGUUUUCCACCGGAUGCAUCUUAUUAUUUGCAGCUGCAAUAACAAUUCAGUUUCCCUACUAGGAUCAUUUAAGUGUCACCAAUGGAAUAAGCGCAGCAUUUGUAUCAUAAAUCAUUGACUCUCAAGAUAGCACCAGUUUGUCCAUGUUUUCACUCACAACCGUGUUUAAUAGGCCAUAUCUCUGCUCUCUUUUGUUUGUAACAUAAAAUACCUAGAAUGUAGGAAGCACAGAAAUACUUAGCAGUUAAGGUAGACAGACACAUGACUUACAGUAUAUUCUGAUGGAGUUGAAAAUGUUUUAUAUAUUAGUGCAGGGACUAGGCAGCGCAUUGGUUUAGAAAGCUUUAAUACUAAAGACGAUCAUUUUACAGUGCUAUAAUUUUAUUUCUAAAGCUUGCCUCAUGCAUUAUUUACUUUAAGUAACUUUAAAUGUAUCAGGGUUUAAAAAAAAACUCAAUUGAAGCUGAUUCCAGUUUUGUAUAUUCAAGAUGGAUCCUGUGGCAAUGACUGCUGAGUGUAUGCAGGCCUGGAAAAGCUAAACUGAUGUGUACCGUCAAUCAGUAAUCCACUGUUGGGCUCCAAUUAAAAUCAAACAUGUCAUUGAAAUUCCACGUGAAGAGCUGAACAAUGCCAUUUAUUUUCCCGAACAGAAAUUUCCUCUCUCUUGACCUGGAAUUUCAAUUUGCUAUCUGAAUUUGGAUAGAUUUCUAAGUCUGAAGAGUGUUGUUUCUCUGCUGUUGAAAUGUGUCCAUCAUUUGAUAACCUCUGAUGUCGUAGCAACUGUUAUAACCACUCACACUGUCAUGACAGGUCUGGCAUAGUAUUGUUUAAAGGUUAGGGUACAGAUGCAUUUUUUAUAGUGUAUGUAUGAUUUGCUGAAAUAAAAAAACUAUAUU